GAGCUGUCUUCAAAGUAACACGGAUUAGACACACACAGAUUCCGUUUUGCUACGUAACUAUGUCUGUAUGCGUCCUGUGAUAGUGAUAGACCGAAAUUGUGAUCAUCUAGGACUUUAUCGUGUGUUGGACUGGCUGUUGUAUUUACUGCGUGACUGCCGUUUACGUCAAUGGCUGUAUCAACACUGAACAUGACACCUUACUUCACAGGAUAUUCUUUUCAAGGUCAGGGUCGUAUGAAUCAACUGGGCGGGGUAUUUAUCAACGGGCGCCCCCUGCCGAACCACAUCCGACUGAAGAUAGUGGAGAUGGCGGCGGCGGGCGUGCGGCCCUGCGUCAUCUCGCGCCAGCUGCGGGUCUCGCACGGCUGCGUCUCCAAGAUCCUCAACCGGUAUCAGGAAACCGGGUCCAUCCGUCCUGGAGUGAUCGGCGGAUCAAAGCCGAGAGUGGCGACACCCGAAGUUGAGAACAGGAUUGAAGAGCUCAAGAGACAGAACCCAGGUAUAUUCUCCUGGGAGAUUAGAGAUAAACUAAUAAAAGAAGGAAUCUGUGAUAAAAACACGGCUCCGUCUGUCAGUUCCAUAUCGAGGCUUAUAAGAGGAGGCAAAAGGGACGAAUCAGAUCCUAGAAGAAAUCACAGCAUUGAUGGUAUUCUAGGUCCAUCAUCUUGUGAAGAUUCGGAUACAGAAUCAGAGCCGGGCAUCACGUUGAAAAGGAAGCAGCGGCGCUCGCGCACUACUUUCUCUGGAGACCAGCUUGAAGCUCUAGAAAGGGCAUUCACCAGGACCCAGUACCCAGAUGUCUACACGCGAGAGGAACUCGCUCAAAAGACUAAGCUGACGGAGGCUAGAGUUCAGGUGUGGUUCUCGAACCGACGAGCUCGUCUCCGCAAGCAAUUAAACUCGCAACAACUAAGUGCCUUCAACACGAUGUCCCUCCAGUCCGCCUUCCCGUCCGUCCAUCAGCAGUAUGAGCCUCCGUCGACGUUUAACGCUCAGUGCGCUUCGUGGCAGCAAUCUUAUUCAUCUGCACUGGGUACAAGUUCCGUAUUGAAUUCAGCUCUCGCUCCAUCCCUUCACCAAUCAGCGUUAACCGCUCCAUCUGUUUGUCAAUCCGCCCUUGCAGCGUCAUCUCUACACCCUCCAACAUCAAGUUCAUUCUCUUCAGGGAACUUAACGCCCAUUUCCCACUCUUCAGAGAUCGCUACACCGUUGCAAGCGUCGAAUGAUGCUACUCCUCCUAGCUCGAGUCCUACUGCGAACAGUCCUGGAGCCAACCAAAAUAGUGGCAUUACAUACCAGCAUCCAACUUACAAUGCAAGCGAAGCCGUCCACCCGUAUGGAUAUGGAGAGUACUCCAAGCAAGAGCACGCCAUGUCCGCACACAACCACUGGACAUCGAGACAACUCAGCGGGCACCCUCAGAACAAGCUAGCUGAGGUCGGAGCGUGGCCAGAAAACUAUAGUUCGUUCUUCGGUACCAACGCAUCGCACUACGCGUCCCACGCGCAUUCACCUACUGAAGCUAAGUCUGGGUAUCCAUACCUCGGCCAACUCGGUGGCAUGGACAUGGGCAGAGUACACUGAGGACAUAAAUUAUAUGUUGUGUGUUGGAAAACAUUGUAGUGAUAAGGCUGUGUGGAGAACUGUACGGCCGAUUUACACCAUUUUGGAUUCCAGAAACAUUGUAAUAAUAAAGUGUACUUAUGUAAUUGUUUAUACAUAUUAAAACCGCCUUAUUCAAAUGUUACAGAUUUUUUAAUAUAAACACACAAAUGACAUCAAACUGUAAAGAAUAAUGUAUUAAAUACCUAUAUAUCUAAAAUAACUAGCUACAGACAUCGCAAUCUAUACAAAAGAGCGAGAUGGUUCGUUUAAGUACAGUAAUUAUUUUUCAGCAAUGUAUCGAAAAACUAUAUUUGAACACAAGUUGGAAACAUAUCACUCGUGCCUUGACAUAUGGAACAUUUUGUAAAAUAUUUUGUAUCACUUUUGAUAAUGCAUAUUUUACGGCCUCAAAAUUUUCUCAAAAUCGUACAGACUAAAUUAGUCUUACUUCAUAUUCUAUUAUAGAGCUUUAUUUAGAUUAGCAUGUUUGUAGAUUUAAUAAAUUAAUUGGUUCCUGUAGUUACGAGCACUUUUACUGAUUAUAAAUAUAGGAUAAUAUUAUAUACUACUGUUAUAUUAUUUAGUGCUAGUUCUUGAGUGAAAUGAUUAUAUAAUAUUUAUGUAUAUCAAUAACAAUUUAGUAAAAAACAGUCUUUAGUACUGUAGGUCCACUACAUAUUGCCUUGUAAGAAAUUGUGAUUCUAAAUAGAGUUGUAUUUAUUUUAUACUUAAUAGUAACAUAGAUUAAUAAUUAGAUUAAGAUAAAACACCUACUUUGUAAAAAUAACAGUUUAUAGAAAAUAAACAAGU